GACUUUGGUGGCUUUGCCACUGUGGACCAAUUAUAUCAGGAACUGAGAGCAGCGCAGUAUAAAGGAGAUACUAUGGAUUUCUACAACCACAUCCAACACAAACUAGCAAUUCUUAACCAAAAUUGUGGUCAGGAGAAUCGAUUGGAUGAAGUGGAUAGGAAUAUCCAAACUGGUCUGAAGACUUUUAUAACACGUCUUCCAAUCCAUAUGAGGACUGUAUUAUGCGCAUUAAAACCAGAAAGUAAGGAGGAAGCUUUGCAUGAAUUGAGCUCUGCGGGAUUCCUGAACAACGAAAAGAAGCAGGACAAACCACAAUCAAGUCCACAACAGCAACAACAGAAUGGGCAACCAAAAAUAAUGCAGCCACAUUACCACCAACAACAACAUUGGCAACCAAAAAUAAUGCAGCCACAUUACCAUCAACAGCAACAUUGGCAACCAAGGAUAAUGCAGCCACAUUACCAACAACAACAUUGGCAGCCGAGAAUUGCACAACCAAAUUUCCAGCAACAAGGAUCGCAACAACCUUACUACAAGCCUCAGCAACCACAAAUCAGACAACAGCCUCCAACAUCAUAUCAACAAAAGCAUGAAUCAAUGGAUGUUGAUGCAUCUCAACAAUCAAAAAGGCAGACACACCUCCAGGAGCAGAAAUCAUGUCUCUGGAAGUCCUUGCUGGCGAUUUUCUUGAUGAUAUCCCCAGUGGUAGCGCAGAAGCUCGAGGUAGUCGAUUUGAAUGAAGGCAACGGAUAUGCAACUUAAUGACAAAAUGUUAAUAGAUGACUAUAUUAAAAUUCUUCACAUAUUUAACACCACAAAAUAUAUGAAUUUUUUAAAUGAAUUGGGAGAGGAAGUUUAGCGUAUUAAUGAUUUAUUUUUAUCGCAUGAAAUCGAGCACAUAACUUAACGACUUAAAAGUAUUA